CCAAUACUCAACAUCCACCCGCCCCUCAUCAACACCCCCUGUCCUGCAGCAACGACACUCGAGGACCUCCUCAUCCUCUGGAACUGUCCUUCCACCGGCGCCAUAACCACCCGCACCUCACUCCUCUCCGGUUUCCCCCACGACGACACCAAGAACCUCUACGUCUUCUAUGACUCCUCCUCCCACACCGUUUCGUCUUCUACCAACCCUUCUUCCCCCUCAUCAGCAACCUCCACUCAAAACGCGACCCUCAACUCCCUCGGCUACAGCCCUUUACCUCUCCAAACCUACCUCGACUUUAUACGGACCAUUACCACCAGCAGCAGCAGCAAAACAAUAAUCAUCUCCGUCACCGGUUCAGCAGAGGACGUAGCCCAAUGUUACCUGCACAUCGCCCGUCUCCAGUCGGAAUUACUUUAUGUCACUUCUUCUCCUUCUUUUGUGGUAAAGUUGGCAAUGGAAAUCAACCUCUCGUGCCCCAACAUCCCGCACCAUCCGCCUCCGGCUUACUCCCGCGACGCGUUGACUCGAUAUCUUGACUUCCUCGCUGGCGCUAUCGAAGCUGCGGAAGCUGAGGGCCUACCCAGAAUUCCAGUGGGAUUGAAGACGCCGCCGUAUACCUACGAGACGCAGUUCCUGGGGUUGAUGGAGGCUUUGGAGGAAGAAGAAGAAGAAGAAGAAAACAAAGAACCAAAAUGUCCAAUCACUUUCCUCACAGCAACCAACACCCUCGGCAGUUGUCUUGCUUUUACAGCUUUUACACCUUCCACAAAGGACUCUACCUACAGUCAAGAAGCAUUACCAACCGAGUUGGGAACAGGCGGACUAGCAGGGGCGCCGUUACAUCCGUUGGCAUUGGGGAAUGUCAAGACUCUGAGAAAAAUGUUGGAUGAAAGGGUAGAAAAGCUGGGGCAUCAAAUACAAGUAAUUGGGGUGGGAGGGGUGCUAGAUGCACAGGGGUAUAGGAGGAUGAGGAUGGCGGGCGCGGAUGUGGUUGGGUUGGCGAGUGGGUUGUUGUUAAGGGGGGUGAAAGUUUUUGAGGAGAUUGAGAAGGGGGUGGGAGAGGGUGGGUGGUAG